AUGAUACCCCAGCUGGAUAUGUACAAGAAAGUGGCAGGAGAGAUCAAACGCAAGCACGCCGAAGACCGUCCGGAUUACCAUCAUACUCCACGCAAGCCGUCCAAGAAGAAACGACGUGGCUCAUCGCGCCCCGACCCCAAGCUUAUUAAACGGUCUCGCACUCUUACUGCGACAUGCACUGCUCUCGACGUCGCUCCUCCUACACCUGAAGAUUCCAACAUCUCGGCGCCUGGUACCAAUGUCCAAACUCCCAACAGCAUUCGCUCUGAUUCCAACGUCGUCAUUGGUACCGAUAAGACCGCUAUGUCCGAGGGCCCUUGGCACUUCAGUGCUACGGAGCUCGACAAUCUCAUCGCGGAGUUCGAGAGCGAGAACCAGCGCGCGAUGAUCUUUGCUUCUGCGAACUACGGCAUGAACGAGAGACUUGCUGGCGAGCGCUUCGAGCUGUCGGAUUUCCUGGCGGACAUCUACUACAUCAAGUCAAUUGAGUGAUGAUUCGAGCAACGUCGGAGGAGAGAGUG